GCUAUUGGUAUCAUUUUAGGUUAGUUCUUAGUUCAGUCGUUCCAGAAAACCGAAGCUUUUCAAUCAAGUUUCUUAUCGACCAUAUUUUUUUUUGAAUUAUAUUUAAUAAGUAAUAAAUAAUAUACUAGUUAAAAUGUUGUUAAACACUCCAAUCCGUAUGUUUGGCAGACAUUUGCGACCUUUGUCCAAGAAAACAUUAAGAAUGUACUCUGCCGCUACCCAGCCAUUGACUGUACCAGAGCCAGACGGUAGCUCUCUGACGAGCUCUCCUAAGUUAGAAAAAUUAUAUACAGAAAUCACUUCCUUAACAAUGAUUGAAGUUUCAGAAUUUACUGAACUAUUAAAAGUCCGUCUUAACCUAAAAGAUAUUCCUAUGGGAGCAAUGAUCAGCGCUCCAGCUGCAGCAGGACAAGAAGAAGAAGAUGAAGUAGCUACAACAGUCAAGACAAGUUUCACUGUUAAACUUAUGAAAUUCGAUGAAAAACAAAAGGUUGCUUUGAUAAAAGAAGUGAAAAACUUAUUGGAAGGCAUGAAUUUAGUACAGGCUAAAAAGUUUGUUGAAAGUGCCCCUACAGUUAUCAAAUCAGAUAUUGGUAAAGAUGAAGCAGAGAAAUUAAAAGAAGCAUUUACUAAAGUAGGAGCUGAAUGUGUAAUUGACUGAGUUUAACGCAUUUGUUAUAUUAUAAUUAUAUAUAAUUAUUUUUUAAUUUCACAAAAUUUGGUCGGUUAAUGUAAGUAGUCAACAUUCAUAAUGUAUCAAUAAAGUUUUAUGUAUGAUAUCAUUACAUUUAAAGCGUAUAUCUGUCCUGUUUUUGGAGUUAUAAUGCUGACAAUAAUAAGUGUACAUUUUAUAAUAAAAUUUUCACUGACAAA